UUGAGGACUAGAAGCAGUCUUCAGGCUCACCCCUUUUGUUCGAAAAAAUAAGUCUUCAGAGUCACCCCCUUGCCCCCAUUUUCCAAGCCCUCUCUGAUCGAUAUCCAUGGAUAAACCAAAGACCGAUCAGGUCGUCCUCUUCAUCGACCACCUCAACACUGGUCAUCCCUCCAUGGAAACUCAUCAGAACAACAUAAACAAUGACACCACCACCACCACCAACAAGCCCAAACUCACUUCCAGAGUCAAGACGCUCAAUCGCCUGAGCUUCUCCAAACCCAAAUCUCGCAUCCAAGAACACUACCACCCACUCUACACCCAAUUCACCGUCUCCGAAGAAGCCGAAGACAUUGCCGGCCGGUAUUCUUCCACCGACGACGAAUGGAACGAAGACGACGAUGAAGAAGAAGAUCAGGUGGAGGAGGACGGCCCAAAGUCCCACGAGAAAACCAAACGUCGUCGUCGGAAGAUUCAGUGGAAGCGCGUGGUUGAGUGGGCGUUGUUCCUCAUCAUAUUAACCAGCUUGGUCUCUUGUCUCACCAUUCCCUCCAUCAAAACGAAGUAUUCGUGGGGUUUGGAGAUUUGGAAAUGGUGCUUGAUGGGGAUGGUAACCUUCAGUGGACGCUUAGUCUCUGGUUGGCUCGUAGCUGUGUCCGUAUUCAUCAUAGAGAGAAACUUCAUGCUCAGAGAAAAGGUCUUAUACUUCAUCUACGGUCUCAGGAAAAGCAUCAGAAACUGCAUAUGGCUAGGCCUCGUGUUAUUCUCGUACUGGACCGUCGUCUUCGACAACGUCCAGAAGAAAAAUCACAAGUUCCUCAACAAGGUGUUUCAGGCCCUUGUGGCCGUCCUCGUCGGAGCCAUAAUCUGGCUCGUCAAGAUUGUGCUGGUGAAAAUGCUAGCCUCAUCGUUCCACGUCGCGACCUACUUCGACAGAAUGAAAGAGAGCGUGUUCCAUCACUACAUACUGGACACACUCUCUGGGCCUCCCUUGGAGGAGAACGAUGAAACGACGUCGCAGCAUACUCUGACGGGGUCCAAGUCCAUGCCGGCGAACUGGAAGGGAAGGAAUAAGGCGAUAAAGGAGGCGAAGAACUUGCACAAGUCGAAGAAGUUUGGGUCGAGGAAGAUUGAUAUGGACAAGCUGAGAGAGCUGAGUAUGAAGAGCACGGCGUCGGCGUGGAGUGUGAAGAGACUGGUGAACUACGUGAAGUCGUCGGGCUUGUCGACGAUUUCCCGGACGAUCGACGAUUUCGGGAACGCCGAGUCUGAGAUUUGCAGCGAGUGGGAAGCUCGGAAUUGUGCUCAGAGGAUUUUCAAGAACGUUGCUAAACCUGGUGCCAAGUAUAUUGAGGAGGAGGAUCUCAUGAGAUUUUUGAAGAGAGUUGAGGUUCAUACUAUAUUCCCACUCUUUGAAGGUGCCCUCGAAACUGGAAAGAUCUCCAGGUCUUCCUUUAGAAAUUGGGUGAUUCGAGCUUAUUAUGAAAGAAAGGCUCUAGCACAAUCACUGAAUGACACAAAAACAGCAGUGCAACAGCUUCACAAGAUAGCCAGCUCAAUAGUGACAGUGAUAAUAAUCGUAGUUCUCCUUUUGGUGAUGGAGCUGGCUACAAUCAAAGUGAUACUUUUCGUCAUUACACAGAUAGUUCUGGUCGGGGUUGCCUUCCAAGGUACCUGCAAGACUGUGUUGGAGGCCAUCAUCUUCGUCUUUGUCAUGCACCCUUUUGACAUUGGAGAUCGCUGCGUCAUUGAUGAUGUUCACAUGACUGUGGAAGAGAUGAAUAUCUUGACGACUGUGUUUCUUCGAUACGACAAUGAGAAAAUCUACUACCCCAACGCAGUUUUGCUCAACAAGCCAAUAAGCAAUUUCUAUAGGAGUCCAGAGAUGUGGGAUUCUAUUGAUUUCGUUGUUGAUGUUUCAACUCCUAUGGAGACCAUCAUUUCACUCAAGAAAGCAAUUCAAACGUACAUAGAGAGCAAGCCCAAGUACUGGAAUCCAAAGCACGCAGUGAUAGCCAAAGAGAUAGAGAAUGUGGAUAAGCUGAAGCUGUGUCUGUGUGUUCAACAUACUAUCAACCAUCAGAACUACGGGGAACGAAACAAUCGGAUCACAGAGCUUUUGCUAGAGCUGAAGAAGAUCUUUGAGGUACAUGGAGUCAAGUACAAUCUUCUGCCUCAGGAAGUCCACAUUACCAAGAUGAACAGUACCGGAAAUGGGAGACCUGUGUUGUAAUCACACUAAACCACAAUUACUGGCUUAGUUUUAAUUAACUAGUCCAUGCAUGAGAGAUCUCUUACUCUGAAUUUUCAAAUGAAGUUCAGGUGCUUCAUGACUUUGUACCAAGUUUUGUGGUUCGCAUUACGUAUCAAAAUUGUCUUCUUUUGAGUUUA